CACCUCGUCACAUCAUCAUCGGGGGACUUGCUGGAUUCACCUGCUGUGUUUUGGUUUGUGCACAACUUUAAUCCUGUCGAUACACUUUUGUGUUCUCUGAGGGCAGAUGAGUGAAAGUAACGUUAAAUCGCGUUUGUGAAGAGCAAACUUUCUGUCGAAACACACGUGGAGCAGCAGGAUGUUUUGGAUGAAUUGUUCUCGGGUCAUGUGACCUGAUCCUUGCAGGAGAGAAGUAGCCAAUCUGAUUUGGGAUCAGCGCGAGAGGUUUACACAGGCUUCAGAGUUUCCUCCUGCUGCUUUCCUCUGCUUACGUUCAUACACAGCCUGCCGUGACAGCUCUUUAUCGCUCACUCUUGUAAGCUUCUCUUUGAAACAUGACGGAGACAAUGUUUGGCAAUGAGAAUGAGCAGUGGGUGUGUCCCAAUGACCGACAAUUAGCCCUUCGUGCAAAGUUACAUACGGGUUGGUCCAUCCACACAUUUCAGACAGAGAGGCAGAGGAAAGCUCAGACGCUUGAGAAAACAGAGCUGGACAUCAUCAUGGGCGUCAUUCACCGUGCGGAACAGCUUGAGCUCAUUGAGCAACACAGGAUUGGGCGUCUAGUGGAGCGUCUUGAGAACAUGAGGCGGUCUGCCGUUGGUAACGGCCUGUCACAGUGUCUGCUGUGUGGAGAAAUGCUGGGUUUUCUGGGCUCCUCAUCCGUCCUCUGUUUGGAUUGCUGCAUGAAAGUGUGCACUAAAUGUGGGAUUGAGACUAUAGGUACUCAGAAAAGAUCUCAAUGGCUUUGCAAGAUCUGCAGUGAACAUAGAGAGGUUUGGAAACAAUCAGGAGCCUGGUUCUACAAAGGCCUGCCGAAGCACAUUCACCCCAUCAAGGAUUCAGUUCUAGUAAAGAGAAAACCAGUAAUGGAAAGAGCAGCGAUGGCAGUGGUCAGGAACGCACCCAUGACCUACACAUGGGCUCAAAGCAAAGUGUAUUUGAGUGAAAGUGACGGCAGUGAUGAUGAGCUCACUGAAUGCAGCAGUGAAAGAAAGACCUUCAUGUCUGUGUCUGAUCAAAGAAGAGAUUCCGAAUCAAGUGGCGGUCUGGUGCAGACACCCUUGCUGUCCAGCAUUGCCUGCCCAUCUCGAACCAGCAUUUUCACAGAAAGACCCUAUAGCUCGUUCAGCGAGCGAAGCAGCAUCACACAACCGACUUUGGAAGAUGAAGUCACAGGCCAUGGCCGACUCUUACUGACUCCUCCGGCCCUCAGCCGCACCGGCUCCCUGCGAAGCACCGCCGCCAGCCAGAAGUCCGAGGGCCCGGCCGCAGACCUCAGACAGGAUGAGGAAGACCUGGACCAAGCCUUCGGCGCGACGGCUCUCGUGUCCAGCAAGAAGGAGGAAGAGCCGGACAUGGAGGGCUACGAUUCGGACGACUCCACUACACUCGGCACUCUGGACUUCAGCCUUCUGUAUGAUCAGGAGAACAAUGCCCUGCACUGCACUAUCAACAAAGCCAAGGGACUCAAACCCAUGGAUCACAAUGGGCUGUCAGAUCCCUAUGUUAAGCUGCACCUGCUGCCGGGAGCCAGCAAGGCCAAUAAGCUCCGCACAAAGACCCUACGCAACACUCUUAACCCUGUCUGGAGCGAGACCCUGACGUAUUACGGAAUAACAGAUGAAGAUAUGGUUCGCAAAACACUCAGGAUUUCAGUGUGCGACGAAGAUAAAUUCCGCCACAAUGAAUUCAUCGGAGAAACCCGAAUCCCCCUGAAGAAACUCAAACCCAACCAGACCAAGAACUUCAGCAACUGUUUGGAAAAGCAGCUUCCUAUUGACAAGACAGACAACAAGUCUCUGGAGGAGCGAGGGCGCAUCAUGAUCUCUCUGAAGUACAGCUCUCAGAAGUGCGGCUUGGUAGUGGGCAUCAUCCGCUGUGCCCAUCUCGCUGCCAUGGAUGCCAAUGGUUUCUCUGACCCUUAUGUUAAAACGUAUCUCAAGCCAGAUGAGAACAAAAAAUCAAAGCACAAGACAGCGGUCAAGAAGAAGACCCUUAACCCUGAAUUCAAUGAAGAGUUUUUCUAUGAGAUCAAGUAUGCUGACCUCAGCAAGAAGACCCUGGAGGUGACUGUUUGGGACUAUGACAUCGGCAAAUCCAAUGAUUUCAUUGGUGGAGUCUCAUUAGGUAUAAAUGCCAACGGCGAGAGGCUUAAACACUGGUUUGACUGUCUCAAAAACAAGGACAAGAAAAUCGAGCGCUGGCACACGUUAACCAAUGAGCUCCCUGGUUCAGGGUACAAUGACUGAAAUUCUACCUUCAGUGGUCACGCCAGUGCCCCCGCCCCUCACCUACACGAUGUCGAUGUAAGCCCAGCCUUUGAUGGAUAGAUCAACACUCCAGUCGUCCAUUGAUUUAGAGAUGGGUGCCAAUAUCUGUUUCUAACUAACACACCUGCUCUAACUCUCGUACUUUCCCUGGCGUUGAGCUUGCCGUUUGAUCGUGUGGCUUGACGUGGCUUUUGGGCUUAUAUAAGAGUCUUUAAUCAGCCUGUGUUUGUACAGCCUCGGUGAAAACGGAGAGAUGACGUUCCCGCAGCCAACAGGAGAUCAGAUGUGCUGUUUAAAUAUUUAAACAUACUGCUCUCAUUCUCCGUUCUCUUAGCUAUCUCUGAGGUUUAACGCGUAUUCGAGGAUGCUGUUUACAGAAGUUAGCAGUCAGAGGCUCUAAAAUACGACAAUUUCCAAACAAGGGUGAAAUGAGCUCUUCUGAAAAAAAAAGUAUUGUUUACAUCAUGAAUACAGUCCGUUUCUGAUGUUUGUCUUAAAAGCAAAAACCACAAGAUUAUAUUUUACAGACAGAUGAUUGUAAGAAAUGAUGUGUAGUCUUUUUAGGUUUAAAAGAAAUCGUAACUCCCCGUUUUUUACAAUUGAUUUUUUUAAUAACGUGAAUGAUCUCCCAGUCAGUCUACUUAAUGAAUGUCAUUAAUUUAUCAUAUGAAAUUAUUACCUACAGUUAUCACACCUCAUUUUUAUCUCACAACAAAUUAACAGCUGACAAUAAAGCACACAGCCAUUUUUCUGAAAAAAUCCAGAGAUCAAACCUUGUUUACACACUAGACACACUAUCGCCCAAAAGGAACUCGAGUCUAGACAAUGAACGAGAGAUUUUUACACCUUCUGAUUGGCUCACGUAUUUUAUUCGAUUUUUUUCCCAGCCCAAUCCAUAGAUGUCUCUUUCUGUAUUCUCCAGCUUGAAAAGGAAAAAACGGGCUUAAACACAAGUUACUAUUGUUUUCAGAUUGAUUGAUUGAAAGCAUGUUUAUUGUAUUCUUCCCUUGAGCGUUUUAAAGAGUUGUAUACUUUGGACCAAAUAUAUUUUUUUAAAGGCAAUGGAAAAUCAUUUAACAGGUUUGUUUUAAUUUUGUGUAUUUGUAGUGUUAUUUAGUGGAAUCGAAUUUAUAUAACCAAUUUAUUAUUUUAACCUUUCUGCGUUAUUGCAUAUUCAGCAUGCUAUCGGUGGGUAUAAUGGAUGUAUUACUGUAUGUUUAAUCAUUUGAUUAAGUUAUUUUUCCAAACUACCGGUGGAGUGGCUAUUUAUGCUCAAGAUAAAACUUCACCUGCUGACCAUUUAUUAAUACCCUGAAACCCCUGAAAGCAGACCACCUGUAUGAUGUUCAUCGACUGAGAAAGCGUAACAUUCAUUGUAAAAGCCACUCCUGUGACACUUUUGUAAUCUUUGCUUUUGUAAACAAACUCUAUGGCAUAAAAAUGCAUGCAAUGUUCUUGGGCUGUCAUUAAAUUAACAAAGCUUCAUGUUUGAUACUGUUGUUCUCAUCUGUAAAAAGAGUUCCCGCUCUUGGAUGCUAUAAGAAUGUCAGCCUUCCUUCUCGGACAGUUUUUGUACUUUUGAAUCGCAUUGCCCGUCAGGUUCCUCUAUAGACUGGACGUGUGACUGCAUGUUACAAAAAAUAAAUCUUGUCUUGUUUUGAUCAUUUUCAACCCUCAGGCAAUUGUUUGCGUAUUAUAGUGGUUAUCUGAUGAUGUCGAUAUAUUUCGCCUCCCGGUUCACCGAAUGGCCGAAUUAUCGUGCCUUUUCUUUUGUAACAGUGUUUUUGCAACGCUCACUUUGCAAAGAUUCCUAGAUUGAUAUUAGCUUUUAAUAUGGAAACAAUAUGGUAUAGUUAUAUUCUUGUCUGUGUUACACUGUUAGAACGUUGUGUUCUCUUGGAAUAUGCCUCUGGAAUAAAGACACAUUAUGGGUAUCAUUAUAUAUGUGUGAUAGUGCUGUUGAUGAUGGGGUGCAAGGCUGAGAUGGAGGGUGGUCAUAUAACUUCAGAUUCUGGCACCUUGUAAACUCAAAAAGAAACUCACGUCAGUUCGUUUUCUUGCCCUAGCCAGCUGUAAAUCUAAGACUGGUUGUUCUUCCUCUUUAAAAAUGUAUGGUUAUUCCAACUAUAUUAAGGAGAUCUUUAACUUUCAGGACCCUUUCAGUUGCAUGUCACAUUUCUGUUGUUGACAACCAUUAUGAAGUGAAAGAAACUAAUGCUAUAUCAAUUACACAUUUGUACUUUUGGGUUGUGUCGAGUACCAUAAAAAGUGUUAAAGGAGUAGUUCACCUUCAGAAUGAAUAUUCUCUCAUCAUUUACAUGCCCUGUUGUCAUUUCAAACCUGUAUGACAGUUCUGCAGAACACAAAAGAUGAUAUUUUGAAAAAUGCUGGUAACAGAACAGCACAGCAAGUGAAUGGGGGGCUGUUAACAACAUUCUUCAAAAUAUCUUCUUUUUUGUUCUGCGGAAGAAAGUCAUACAGGUUAGAAAUGACAAGAGGGUGAGUAAACGACAACAGAAUUUUCAUUUUGAAGGUGAACUACUCCUUUAAGCAUCAAGAGUGAGGUCAGACACCACAAUCAGUUGUUUACUUGGAUUUUUGCUCCCAUUUUUAAAACGUUUGAGUGUUGUGUUUUUUACUAUGGCGAAUGAUAUUUGCAUUUACAUGUUCAAAACUGGAAACCCAUAAGAAAUAAAGGCAAAA